AUGCAAACUAUAAAACAUAAUGCAAUAAAUAUCCAUACAACAUGUUAUAAAAAAUUAUUUUUAUUCAUAAGUAUUGGAGUUUUUAGUUUAACAAUCUAUCUCGUUUUUUUUUCAAAUAAACUAACUAUUCGAUAUAAAAGAAUUUCUAUUGAAAAAUUUCAACAAUCUUCUAUUGCUGGUUUUUAUCAUUUUGCUAUCGUUGGUCCUAACUGGAAAAAUAUAAUUAAUGAACAAAUGUCACUCGUUUAUGCUAAUGGAUUAUUUAAUUCAAGUUCGAAUAUUUAUGUAACUGGUUUAGGUAAAAUUAAUGAUAAUAAGACUGCAUACGAUCUAUUUGCUCAUCCGAAAUUUAUUUAUGAAUAUAAAACAAGAACAGAAUUAUAUGAAUAUCCAACAUUAAAGAAACUUGAAAGUUUUUGUUUUCAUAAUAACGCAUCGUUCGUAUGGUAUGCACAUUCUAAAGGUUCUUCACAUUCGUUUGAUUUUGUAGUUUCCUGGAGAGCUGUAUUAAAUUAUUUUGUUUUGGAACAAUGGCAACUAUGUUAUAAACUUUUAUCUUCAACAAAUUAUACGACUUGUGGCGCUAUAUUGACUUAUGAUCGUGUACGUAAACCUGGUUGGAAUACAUAUUAUGCUGGAAAUAUGUGGUGGGCGAAAUGUUCACAUGUUAAUCGACUUACAAGAAUUGAUAAAUUUGAUCAAAAAGAUCGAUACAUGACAGAAAUAUAUGUCACAUCUGAACCUAAUAUUGGACAUUUUAAUUGUCACUAUGUCAACUUACAUUUACCAAUUAGUUUUAACAAACAAAAUGCAAGUUGUACAAUUAAUUAUCCGUUAUGGUGGGCACGAUAA